AUGUCUCUCACCUCUCUGCUCCUGGCCGAGCUUCUGCUGGUCACCACGGUAACAGCUUCACACUUCUAUGGGGGCUCAAUGACCUUCAACCCAAGAAGGAAUAACGAUGGAUCUUACAAGGUUGAGCUUUACUUCAAGACAACCUACCAUUCCUGUUAUGGAUAUGAUUACUGGUCGUGCAUCUCUGGAGACUGUGGAAAUGAUGUCAGUUCUGUGAUUGGUCAAGUAGAUUCGAGUCCAAAUGGGGACGAUUGGUGUCAGUCUGAGGGAGUGAUAACAAAGAUAGUUUCCACCAACAGCCCAUUCCAGCUCCUCAAAAGUGGUUGCUGCUGGAUCUACAACACUGUCACAAAUUCUGGAGACUGGAGUCUUCUCACUUACAUUGACCUUGGUGUGAGAUCAGACACCUCAGAGCCCAACCGAUCACCAAUAACAACCACCCUACCAUUUGUCAGAGUUCCUCAAAACUGUCCCAGGAGGUACAACCUUUUAGCCUUUGAUCCUGGUGGUGACCAUGCCACAUGCAGAUUUGGACUCAGACAAAACCUGGAGUGUGGAAUCUGCAACCAACCUGCUGGUUUUACAUUGGAUGAGCAUAACUGCUCUUUGUCAUAUUCGCACACAAUGGUCCGUGGAGUUUAUUCUUUUGAGCUGGUGCUAGAGGAUUUCCCCAUUCACAAGAUUGCUUUGUCCUACACCAACCAACCUUCAAAAGAAAAAUUUCCUAUCAGCUUCAUCAGGAAUCAACGUUCUAUUAAUUAUUAUGGAACUGGUGCUAUAAAAGAGUUGGUAAAAACUGAGACAACCACAAUGCAACCUGAGACAACCAUCACAUCACCUAAGACGACCACAACAUCCAAGACAACCACAAUUCCACUUGAGACAACCAAAACUUUGAUUGAGAUAACCACCACAACACUUGAGAAAAUCACAACAUCACCUGAGACAACCACAACACCAUCUGAAACAACCACAACAACCGAAACAACCGCAACACCAACUGAGACAACCACCACACCUGAGGCAACCACAACACCAUCUGAAACAACCACAACUGAGACAACCACAACAACUGAAAUAACCACAACACCAACUGAGACAACCACCACAACAACUGAGACAACCACCACAACCACUGAGACAACCAACACUCCACUUGAAACCACCACAUCUCCACCUGAGACCACCACCACACCAUCUGAAACAACCACAACAACCGAAACAACUGCAACACCAACUGAGACAACCACCACACCUGAGACAACCACAACACCAUCUGAAACAACCACAUCUGAGACAACCACAACAACUGAAACAACCACAACACCAACUGAGACAACCACCAUACUGGAGACAACCUCAACACCACCUGAGACAACCAUAACAUCACUUGAGACAACCACCACACCCGAGAUAAUCACAACAUCACCUGAAGCAAUCACAACAACACCUGAGACAACCACCACAACAACUGAGACAACCUCCACACCCGAGACAAUCACAACAUCACCUGAGACAAUCACAACACCACCUGAGACAACCACCACCACACCUGAAACAAUCACAAUAUCACCUGAGACAACCACCACCACACCUGAAACAAUCACAACACCACCUGAGACAACCACCACCACACCUGAAACAAUCACAAUAUCACCUGAGACAACCACCACCACACCUGAAACAAUCACAACACCACCUGAGACAACCACCACAACACAUGAGACAACCACAAUGAUAGCAACAACAACCAAGUCUGAACUUACUACAACCACAAUAGCCACUACUACACAAACAACAACCACAUUUCCAAUAACAUCCACUGCAGCAACAACAACAACAACUUUUAUUGAAGUAUUGAAGUAGA